AAUAAAUAUAUUUCCGUGAGUCAUCCUCAGGCCUCAUCCAAUAUGGAGGAAAAACCAAGAGUGCUCAUACUUGGAGGUACUGGUUUCAUUGGUCGAAACCUUGUCCACUAUUUAGUCAGCAAUAACCUAACAUCAAAGAUUCGUAUAGUUGACAAGGUCAUGCCACCCAUGGCAUGGUUGAAUAAAGAACACAAAGAAUCUUUCUCAAAGGUGGAAUUUAAACAUGCAAACCUGAUUAAUUCAAAAGCUGUAGAGAAAGUGUUUGAGGAUGAGGGAGGGGGAUUCCAGUUUGUUAUCAACUGUGCCAUGGAAACCAAAUAUGGACAAAUGGAAUCAGUGUACAAGGAAGGUAUAUUACAGCUUAGUAUGAAUUGUGCCAGAGCUGCAGCAGCACACAAAUGUAGCCGAUAUAUUGAGAUUUCUAGUGGCCAAAUGUUUUCUAGCAGUAAGACUGCAGUAAAGGAAGACCACAAAGUGGAGCCCUGGACCAACCUUGCCAAACAUAAGAGACUCGUGGAGGUAGAGCUAGAGACAAUACCAGACUUAGAUUACUGCAUUGUUAGACCAGCAAUACAUUAUGGCAUAGGGGACAGAAGGGGGCUUACUCCAAGACUUAUAAUUGGUGCAGUAUACAAACAAAUAAAAGAGAAAAUGAAGAUGUUAUGGACAGGCAGUCUCAAGAUGAACACAGUACAUGUAUAUGAUGUCUGUCGUGCAAUAUUGCAUCUUUGUCACCAUGGUAACAAGGGAGAGAUAUACCACCUAGUAGAUAAAGGAGAUACAACUCAAGGCAAAAUAAGUGAGCUUGUAUCUGAGGUAUUUGACAUAAACCAUGACUAUGUGGGGACAGCCAUGUCUUCUCUUGCAAAACUCAACUUUAAAAGUGUUGCUGAAGAUAUUAAUGAAAAGCACAUGAUGCCAUGGUCUGAGGCCUGUCAGAAGGAUGGCAUAAUAAACACCCCUCUUAAUCCUUACUUAGAUCAGGAGCUGCUCUAUGACAAGCAUAUACACAUGGACGGCACCAAGAUAGAAUCUACAGGCUUUUGCUAUGAUAGGCCAAGCUUAACCAUCGACUCAUUAAAGGAGAUAUUGGAUGAUUAUGUGGAAAUGGGGUUAUUUCCCCCAUCUCUCGCCAGACCAUAGAACAUAUCGCAAUAGGACAUACAUACAUUCUGAAAUCCAAAUAUGCAUCAUAGUUUUAUGCAUUGUCUUAAUCAGGGCCUGGAGGCCAUAUUACACACUGAAAAGAGGGUCUGGAGGCCAUAUUACACACUGAUAGGACGGCACUCAGGCCAAAUUUCACACUGAGGCCAUAUUUUUUACUCGGCAUAGAGUGAAACAUACACUGCACUUACAAGAGAAAAUCCCCAUAAACGCCACAGGGUUCUAAAAUUGAUUACUUCAGCUGUACUGUUGACUUGAAAGUGACUUGAAUACUUCAAUAAUUGAAGGAUUAACUAUUAUGAUUGUUUCUCUAUGGAUAUUUUUGAAAUUGGCCUUCAUGAUAAUUAUUAGAUUUUGGACCUGCUUAUGCGUUUUACCUUCGAGAUCUAAGGUUCACUAGCUAAUUCCUUAAUAUCUUUCGAUGAUGAUUAGUAGUGAAUUUCAAGUUUGUUACAUUGCAUGACAUUUAGGACAUCAAAAAAUUUAUUUAAGAUGAUUUGGGAAAAUGCUGUUGCGUUUUGCUGUAUACUUUCACAAAUUAGUGAAAGGCAGUAAUUGGAUUUAAGGAAUCGUGAUAUUUAAAUGUGUAUUUAUAGAGUUUAUUAAUGUCUUAAACCAUGGGCGCAUUUUUGGAACAACUUUUGUAAUUUUUGAUUAGGUUGUACUUGUCAUACCUGUCAUUGUCCAUUUAAGAGUACAAAAUUUCUAGAAAUCACAAGUAUGAUUGUACCAAAAAUGGGCCCCAGUGACACAAUUACUAAGAUUUUUUAAAAAUAUUAUAAAAUGGUCAUUUUAUAGGUGUUUAUGUCCCUGAGUAUACUCAAAUCAUAUUUCAGUGUGAACACCCUUGGUAUAUGGUUCUCUGAUAUCUAGCAUUGUUAAACCAACUUGAUAUUAUGUUCAUAAUAAUAAUUUAUAGUAAAUCACUUUCAGAUUUGAAAUCGGAUAUCAAAAUUUAGGUCCGAUCCUUUGAAGAUUGAUCGACUUUGUUUUACAUUUUGAAUUCACAAUAAAGCUCCAAUCUUGACGGGCCAAUUAGAUCCUGUCAAUGCUUAUCCUGCCGUCAUGGCAACAAGCC